AUGGCUGCCAUUGCUCAUGAUGUGGCUGAGCUAGCGAUCAACAGGGACAGAGCGUUGCUUAAUUUUCCUGAUCUAAUAGGAUCACUUCCCGUGCCAAAAUCGACUUCAAUUGUUCAUAUUCGAGCAGCAGCAAAAGCAGCAGCAGAACAGUUCAAUGUGAGGCCUGAGGUUGUGGGUGCAUCUGAGGUGUCAUCGCAGGAGAUAGCUGAGUAUUUUGAUGAGGAUGAACUAUUCAAUAUGCCACAAUUGUUGAUCGAGAUGGCAGAGGGGUUAAUGGUGAGUCCACCAAGAGUUGGCCCUCCAGAGUAUGAUGAGCCGCUAGAAGUCUUAGAAGAUAAUAACUUAUGGAAAUUUGAUGAGUAA